AUGGGUAACCAAAUGAGUGUUCCCCAAAGAGUGGAGGACCAAGAGAAUGACUCGGAAGCAGACACUCACAAGGACCAGGCAUGUGGUCAAAAUGGGAUGCCGGUGAUGGUAUCCACCCACUCCGUUCAACCCUACCAUGAAGUUGAUUUGGAAACAAGUGUCCAGGAGGAUAAUGUGGCCACUUCUUCCCCCAAGACAAUGGAGAUAAGCGCUGUUGCGGAUGCCAAUGGGAAGAAUCUUGGGAAGGAGGCCAAACCCCAGACACCAGCUGCUAAAUCUCGUUUUUUCUUGACACUCUCUCGGCCUGUACCAGGACGUACCGGAGACCAAGCCACGGAUUCAUCCACUGGACCAGUGAAGCUUGAUGUCAGCUCCGAUAAAGCUCUAGGGAACAAAGACCCGAGUGAGCCCAUGGCACUUCCAGUGGCAGCUGCACUGGGAUGUGACCCAGAUAAAACCCCCGUGCAGACCCCGGCCCAAGCCGAGGGCCUCUCUGCCACUUUGGGACCAGAGUCUCGUCUAUCUGAGUCCGGGGGGGCAGCCCCCUCCAAGCCCAAGGACUCCAGCUUCUUUGACAGACUCUUCAAACUGGACAAGGGACGGGACAAGGCCCUCGUGGACCACCAACAGGAAGCCAAGCGUGCAGAGCAUCACCAGCCCACCGCCGAAACUCCUGGAUUCUCCACGCAGUCGGACGAUGUCCCUGCAGAGAGGGACAUAGCUGACGGCACGGGAGACGAAGGACAGGAAAUCCCAACUGUGAGUUGCUCUGUCCCCGGGGUCCCUGAAGGACUGGAGGUGGCAAAGGAGGACCCCCAGACAGAGAAUAAUAAUUCCAUCAUGAGCUUCUUUAAAACUCUGGUUUCGCCUAACAAAGCUGAAACAAAAAAAGAUCUGGAAGACACGGCAUCUAAAGCAGAAAGUGUCUGUGAUGGACAAGCUGGGCAGAAGACAUCCGAGAUCCAGGCUAAAGGCACCAAGAAAAAGCAUCUGCAUAGCCCCAGGCUAGGACUCGCCUUUAGAAAAUUCUUUAGGCAUAAGGGUGCCGAAAAGUCACCCGCCACUUCAGCCGACCUCAAGUCAGACAAAGGCAAUGUUACGCCCCAGGAGCCCCAAGGGGCUGCCAAGAAUUCUACAUCCACUGAAAUAGCAAAGGAAGGUGCCAAGGAAAAGGGGGGCCCCACCUCUCUGCCUCUGGGCAAACUGUUCUGGAAAAAGUCAGUUAAAGAGGAUUCAGUUCCCACAGGUGCAGAGGAGAAUGUGGUGUGUGAAUCACAGGUAGAGGCUGUAAAGUCCGAAGAAGUAGAAUCAGCCUUACAAACAGUGGAUCUCAGCGAAGAAGGAGAUCGCACACCUGAACCCGCAGAAGACACGCUCAAGAGAGCAGAACGCAAAACACCAAGACCCUCCCUGAUGGCGCUUCUCAGACAGAUGUCAGUGAAAGGGGAUGGAGGGAUCACCCACUCAGAAGAAAUAAAUGGGAAAGACUCCAGCUACCAAGCCUCAGAGUCCACUGAGAAGGCGGUGGUGCCGCCGGAGUCAGAACCGGCAGCCGCUGGCCAGAAGGGCAAAGAGGGCUCCUCCAAGGACAAGAAGGCGUCUGCCGAGACCGAGAAGCAGAAGGGCAGCAAGCAGGAAGCCAAAGAGCCGGCCCCGCGCGUGGAGCCGGCCCCGGUGGAGGGGAACUCGCUGCGGGACGGGGACAAGUCCCAGAAGAGGCUCGAGAAGCGGCGACAGUCCCUCGGGGGCUUCUUCAAGGGCCUGGGACCAAAGCGGAUGUUGGACGCUCAAGUGCAAACAGACCCCGUAUCCAUCGGACCAGUUGGCAAAUCCAAGUAAACAAAUCACCACGGUUCCCACCAAGUUCUGCCAUCAAGAGGUCUUCUCCCUACUCCAUGUCCUCCCCAGCCCAGCUCCAUGUAUAUAUUUUUUCUUCGGAUGGCCAUCAAAUGAAAUUCUGCCUACAAAUGAAGCCUGAGCUGUUGUAUAUUGAGGUGUAUUAUUUCUGUCUCUGGUCCAGUCUUUCCUGGUAAA